AUGCCAUUCGGCAGAAGUCUUCUACAGAAGGAAAGCCUGUAUCGAGUAAGUGGAGAGGAAAGAUCCCCAGAGAUUCUUAUCUUAUUCCAUUCCAGUGGCUCGACCAGUAACCAAUGGCGAAAACUAAAAAAUCCAUGGUUUCCCGGUAGAACCCCAUUUCGCCCAAGUUGUUGCGGAACCGGAAAAAAGAAGCGGUUUUUCGCACAGCUUGCUCAUAGUGCAGGUCCCACUUGUAUAUUGUAUUUGGCCGAAGAAGCAUCGGACAGGUUGGAGUUCUUACCUUCUUGGGACUCCAUGGACCAAGAUCUGCUUUCAUUAUAUGGGCAAUACCGAUCUACUUUAGUAGAUCAUAUGGAUGUAGAAAAAGCUUCUGAUUUUGAUGAAUUCGAAACAUCUCUUUUCCAUUUCUAUUUACCUAGUUCAUAUCUUUGUUUCGUGUGUUCCCGGGAGGAAUUCGAUCUCUUCAAUCUCGGGAUACCACCUAAAUAA